ACACACAAGAAGUGGUGCUGCCUUAGGUUUGUGCUGCAAAAAUGGGACUCCUCAGAAACUUUGUCGUUGUUACUGUGAUUGCACUCUCAGAGUUUCUGAGUAUAGGAGCUGGGGAAACCAAUUCCUCAUCACAAACAUGUGAUUUUCAAGCCAUAUUCAACUUUGGUGACUCUAAUUCAGAUACUGGAUGCAUGUCAGCAGCAUUUUACCCAGCGGCUUUGCCCUAUGGUGAGACUUUUUUCAAUGAGGCUGCUGGGAGAGCUUCUGAUGGACGCCUUAUCAUAGAUUUCAUUGCCAAGCACCUUGGUUUGCCACUAUUGAGUGCAUACAUGGACUCAAUUGGAUCAAGUUAUAGCCAUGGUGCAAACUUUGCUGCAGCAUCAUCAACGGUUAGGAGGCAAAACAAAACCUUCUUUGAUGGUGGUAGUCCUUUCAGUCUUGAAAUUCAGGUGGCACAGUUUAUCCAAUUUAUGACACGCACCGCCAAGUUCUACAAACAAGGACAGGGAAAUUCCUUUCCAAGGCCAGAGGACUUUGCGAAGGCCAUCUACACAUUCGACAUUGGGCAAAAUGACAUUGCUGCUGCUCUUCAAAGAAUGGGCCAGGAAAAUACUGAAGCAGCCAUCUCAGAUAUAGUGGACCAAUUAUCAAACCAACUUAUAUAUUUAUACACACAAGGAGCAAGGACAUUCUGGAUCCAUAAUACAGGCCCCAUUGGGUGCUUGCCUGUGUCCAUGCCCAAGCAUAUUGCCUACAAUUAUACUCCAGCAGAAGGAUAUCUUGACCAAAACGGCUGUGUCGUAUAUGCAAACGACGUGGCCAAGGAGUUCAAUAGAAAGCUCAAUGAUACGGUGGUUAAACUAAGGACAUUGUACCUUGAUGCCUCCUUUGUGUAUGUGGACAUGUUCUCUGCCAAGUAUCAGCUAAUCAGUAAUGCUAAGAAAGAAGGAUUUGUUGACCCAUCUGAAAUCUGUUGUGGGUAUCAUGAGGGUGGCAAUCACUUCUUCUGUGGGAAUUACAAUGCAACGGUUAAUGGUACAGAAAUUUAUGCUGGUUCAUGCAAAUCUCCUUCUUCCCACAUUAGCUGGGAUGGCGUGCACUACACUGACGCAGCAAAUAGCUGGAUUGCCAAUCGCAUUGUCACUGGUUCAUUCUCAAAUCCACAGCUUCCCAUUACACGUUCAUGCUUGUUAGCAUAAUAUAGACAUAAGGCACAGGGAAAAUGUUCUGCAUAGCCAGGGGAUUAUUUACUUGAUUUUUUAUUUCACAACAACAAUGUUCACGCGUAAGUUUUUUUUUUUUUAAUACUUUUGGAAAAUAAAGGUAGAGAGACAGCGUUUAAAGGGGUGGUUUUGUUAUUUUAUGGUUUUAAAAAAAUGGUGUAAUGAAAAUAGAGUAUAAAAUUAUUGUUUUGUUAUUGUU